UUUCCGAAGUCGCCCUCUGUUGGGAAUUCCUGCGUGCGUGCACAUCUCUCCUCAGUCAUCACCCAUAAAGCUAAUGAGGAUGAGCCCGAAAUGACUGGAGGGGACAAACCUUGACGAAGUUGACGGCAUUGCGCAGAAGCACCCACCGGACAGGUGGCUGUCAUCAUCAGCGCACACGGUUACGACAGGAAAGACGCAGAAGACAAGCUCGAGAUGUUUGAUAUAAAAAUACAGCUGAGCUCAGAGAGAAGGGGGGACAGCGGGAUCCAAAGUGACUUUUGAGGUGACGGUCGGCUCGUCGACUCGACAAGGAGACUAACAUUGUGUGUGUGUGUGUGAGUGAGUGAGCGAGAGAGGGAGAGAGACAGAGAGCGCAGCACCAGCAGUCUGACAAAGCUGCGCUCCCUCGAAGUUUGACAUCCCCAGCGGGCUACAGAGGGAGUUGUGCUCCGCCGCUGCCAUGGAGCCUCGGAAGUGUACUGGAUCUGUAUUGAUUGGAUUUUACCUGUGGGCGAUGUUCUGCUGUCAAGGUUGCCAUGGCGGCGUGUACCAGAGGAAGCUGUACCGAGACCUGAUGGAAAACUACAAUCGUCUGGAAAGACCCGUCCAAAACGACUCUGCGCCCAUUGUUGUGGAACUCGGCCUAACACUGCUACAAAUCAUUGAUGUGGAUGAAAAGAACCAGGUGUUGAUCACAAACGCUUGGCUGCAGCUGUAUUGGACAGACAUAUACCUAUCAUGGAACGCAGAGAGCUACCCCGGGGUUCAAAACCUGCGCUUCCCUUCCAAUCUGGUAUGGGUCCCAGAUAUCCUCCUCUACAACAGUGCUGAUGAGAGGUUUGAUGCUACGUUCCAUACAAAUGUGCUGGUAAAUGCGUCCGGAUCCUGCCAGUACAUCCCACCAGGCAUCCUGAAGAGUACCUGCUACAUCGAUGUGCGGUGGUUCCCCUUUGAUGUGCAGAAGUGUGACCUCAAGUUUGGCUCGUGGACCCACAACGGCUGGCUGCUGGACCUCCAGAUGAUGGAUGUGGACAUCUCGACCUACAUACCAAACGGGGAAUGGGAUCUAGUAGGUGUGCCGGCCAAGCGUAAUGAGCUGUACUACGAAUGCUGUAAGGAACCCUACCCCGAUGUGACGUUCACGGUCACCAUGCGCCGCAGGACACUCUACUACGGCCUCAACCUGCUCAUCCCCUGUGUGCUCAUCUCUGGCCUGGCCCUGCUGGUCUUCCUGCUCCCUGCUGACUCUGGAGAAAAGAUCUCACUCGGCAUCACAGUGCUGCUGUCUCUAACAGUGUUCAUGUUACUGGUAGCAGAGAUCAUGCCUGCCACUUCAGACUCUGUUCCUCUGAUUGCUCAGUACUUUGCCAGCACCAUGAUGAUUGUAGGCUUGUCUGUGGUGGUGACAGUCCUGGUACUACAGUUCCACCACCAUGACCCCCAUGGAGGGAAGAUGCCCAAAUGGGUCCGAGUUAUCCUUCUCAACUGGUGCGCUUGGUUCCUCCGCAUGAAGAAACCUGGAGAGGAAAGCAGAACAGCCAUGAGCCCCCAAAACUACAAGUACUCCCACCCUCCUGCACACCAUACCAGCACCAACAGCAUUCAGAUGAGCACCAUACCAGGGCAGGCAUCCACCCAGUCGACCACAACCAACGGGAGCAUGAACCUGUACUUUGGCUACCACUCAAUGGGCACAGACAACCCUGCUUUCCCACCAAGCACUGAUUCGGGUGUGGUGGUGUGUGGUGGUGGUGGAGGCGGCCAUCCGAACGGCUCCUCUCCACAUGACAUCCACUCAGAACAGACGCGGACUUUGCUGCUGGAGCAGGUUCCGGAAAUUUCCCGGAUCCUGGAGGAAGUGCAGUACAUUGCCAGACGCUUCCGGGAGCAGGACGAGGGGGAGGCAAUCUGCAGCGAGUGGAAGUUUGCAGCGGCUGUGGUGGAUCGGUUGUGCCUGGUGGCUUUCUCGCUCUUCUCCAUCAUCUGCACCUUCACCAUCCUCAUGUCAGCCCCCAAUUUCAUUGAGGCUGUGUCCAAAGACUUCACAUAAGGUUGAUCUCCUCCCUCUCUGAGAGGAAAAAGACAGCUAACAUUAAAAAUCCUGACACGAUUACAACUGUGCCACACAAGCCUCCCUGCUAUGACAACGUGAAGCCACACAGUUACUUUAGAAGUGUUGUUACAAGUUACCAGAAGCAAACCUUUCCCUCUAUCUUCACAUAUUUGUCAGUAGUAUAUGGUUGUUUGGAGAUGAUGUGAUUUUUUCCCAUUCAGGGUGGCUCUCCUUGCUAACACUGCACAUAAAGUAUGCUGCAGUAUGUAGGAGGCUGAGGCUACAUGCAGUAUUUAAUGAUGUAGAAACUCACACUAAUGCACUUUCAUCUGUACCCCUGCUGUACCACAUCAUUUACCUGCCACCACCUGGGCUUCACAUCUCAUCAGAAUAUAUUGCUAACAUUCCCUCCUCUUACAGCUCUUUUUUGUGCUAUUUUCCUCACUUUUUCCACUUCCUUUCCCAUGUGCCGUGCUUCUCAUCUUCUACAAAUGUCUUAAUGUCUUCAGCAGUUACAUACAGUACAGUCAGUAGAGUUCAAUAAACAUAUUAUGAAUACCUUUUGCAGGCCUAUAUUCUAGUGAUUCUACAUCUCACUUUAUAAAUAUGGUGAAGCUGAGAUUAAAUCUUUUUAUUAAGUUGCUGAAUUUACUGAGAGCUACUGACCUGUUGACUCUGUAUGCCUGUGCAUGUCACUUCUCUUUAACUAGAGCUGCAACUGGUCGCUUUCAUUUUAAAUUAAUACACUUAUAAUUUUCUUGAGAUAGUGAAAAAUGCCUGGUACAAUUUUCUAGACUCAAAGGUGAUGUCUUCAGAUUGCUUGUUUUAUUCACACAACAGGGAGUGAUGAGGCCAGAGUCUAGAUGCCAAGCUCUAACUACGUUCUGCUGUUGAAAUAAACAUUCAAGAUGUAAGUUGUCUGAUCGUAAUGGAGUGACACCUGCGAGCUAGUUCAGGCUGUCAACUCGAGCUGCACUGAUUCAUACAUACACGUCAUACGUCUACAAAACACACCCUCCCAAUUUGGCGGUCUAUUUAAGCCGCAAAAUCUUCCCAGCUCUCCCUCUGCCUUGUCUAUGCUGCUGCUGCCCUGCAUCGGCACUGCUGCCCACUCUUUCAGCCCUACUUCCAUCCCCAACAUCCACAUGCAGGCUCCGGCUAAGGGGAGAAAUAUUUAAUAAUCACUCCCCAAUAUCACAUGUAAAGAUACCUGCGGGAAGCGAUGAGGCCGUAGUCUAGAUGCCAAACUCUAUGUUCUGCUGUUGAAAUAAACAUUUAAAACAUGAGUUGUCCGACUGAAAUGGAGCAACGCCUGCAAGCUAGUUCAAGCAGUCAGCUUCACUGAUUCAUACACACAUGUCAUACUUCACUCUCCAUGUUAUCUACAAAACACACCCUCCAAAUUUGGUGGUCUGUUAAAUUCAUUUUUCAACCCAGUUGCCAGGAAAAAAUAUUGGCAUGAUAAAUCUCUGCAAACCAUGGACAUGUUGAAUUCAUUGGUUAGAUUACUGAGUAUGAAGUGAGUACACUCUCCUAUAUAUUCCAGUUACUUUUUGGCUGAUGGGAUGGGCCAGAAAUAGAAGUGGGUAAACCCCGUAUACUUGUACCUUCAUUAAUUCCCUUAUUACAUUUGACGUUUCGACAACGCUGUGGUUAAUGUAUUAGUGAUGUCUUGGUAAAAAACAACUGCUUUGAUGGGUAGCAACAAAGCACCCACAUUUGGCCUAAAAAGCCAAUGGAAACACAACAAUGACUCGCUAAAUGACAAUGGGUUUUGUUGGGUU